CACUUUGAAACAAACUGAGCAACCCCACUUUGCUCCAAUAGACGGAAACAACCUCUGUCUGUAUAAUCUUCAAGUUCUUACCUCUCCCUUUCACCCAGCUCACAAGAUCAAAUUGCAUUUCUUUCAUGAUUUUCUAGUCCUCUAGCUCCUUGAUCUGGUGAAAAAGAAAGAAAGAGAAAAGUAGGGGAGAGAUCUUCUCUUUUAUGCCUGGAGGGUUAAACUAACCUCAACCCCGUUUUGGAAAAAAAAAAAAAAAACAAAAAAACCAAAAAGCCUUUCCAAGAACUUUCUACAGGAACUUUGCUGAAGUUAUCACGAAGAUGAAGAACGGGAACAUGCUUGUGGUUGCCAUUUUCUUAUUGCUUAGCCAUGCCCCUUGGUCUCUGGAUGCUAACUCUGAAGAUGAGGAAGAACAUGGAGAUGUUUUAGAGAUGUAUUUACCACCACCAAAACUUCUACGUUCAAUUUGUGCCUACAAAGCUGAUGAAGGACCAUGUAAAGCCAUGCUCAAGAGGUUUUUCUACAAUGUUUUCACUCAGCACUGUGAAGAAUUUGUAUAUGGAGGAUGUGAAGGCAAUGAAAACCGAUUUGAAAGUCUGGAAGACUGCCAGAAACAGUGUUUAGCAGAAUACCCAUGGAAGACUACAAAGACAAAAUUUCUACAAGAAAAACCUGAAAUCUGCUUUUUGGAACAAGAUUCUGGAAUUUGUCGAGGAUUACUUCCCAGGUAUUUCUAUAAUAAUCAAUCAAAGCAUUGCGAACCUUUCAAGUAUGGUGGAUGCCUAGGCAAUGCCAACAACUUCGAAUCUUUGGAAGAAUGCCAGAAUAUCUGUGAGGAUGGAUUAGAUGCAGUACAAGUUGACCAUGAUGAAAAAGUAGCUGUUCCAGCAAACAAUAACUCCUUAACAGCCAAGCCAACUGAAGUUCGGAAACUUUUUGAAUUCUACGGCCCUUCUUGGUGUCUGACUCCUGCAGAUAGAGGACUUUGCAGGGCCAAUGAGAAAAGAUAUUAUUUUAAUUCUGCUAUUGGAAAAUGUCAUUCUUUUAACUACAGUGGAUGUGGUGGAAAUGAAAAUAACUUCACUUCUAAGAAAUCAUGUCUCAGGACUUGUAAGAAAGGUUUUAGUAGACGGGCUAAAAGUGGAUUAAUCAAAACCAAGAGAAAAAGAAAGAAACAGCCAAUGAAGAUAAUAUAUGAAGAAAUCAUUGUUGAAAAGAUAUAGCUUCCUUACAAAAUAACAGAGAAACUGAAGGCACCCCACUACAUGAAAUUUUGCUUGCCAAAAUAUAGAAUAGGUGGCAAUUUAGACCAAAUGCCUAAAAAAAAUUAGUUUCUUGAUUAGGUUCUAGAAAUUUGUUUUUGAUAAUAUCUCAAUAAAUAACUUUGUGAAAUGUA